AUGAACGCACAGGAUGCAGCAACCGCCUCUGCAUCAAGAGCUUCCGAGACCCAUCAUCAAAGGCUUCUUUUUAACGUAAGAAACGCUGCUGCCACAGCGAAAUCAAGGGAUAUAGAGACACUUGACCGCAGGCGCGCCAGUCAAUCCAGGGACGCUGCUGCAACAGCGAGGCAGAGGCUGCUGAGACACCACUUUGUAGAUCUGUUCGAAAUGCUACGAAAGCUGCCACCACUGCCAGGUCGAGUGCAACUGAAACAUUCGACCUCAGGCGCGCACGCCAAUCCAGGGAAGCUGCUGCAACAUCAAAUGCUAGGACUGUUGAGACACUGCUCCGUAGAUCUGUUCGAAAUGCUAGAAAUGCUGCCAACACUGCCAGGUCGAGGGCAGCUGAAACAUUUGACCUCAGACGCACCCGUCAAUCCAGGGACACUGCUGCAACAGCUAGGUCGAGGGAGCCCGAGACAGAGCUGUGGCUGGCAACCGCAAUGCCCACAACGUUGCAGCCAUUUCUGCUGCCAGAAAAUCCAAGGGCCCACCGACAAGGACUACAAUCUGCAGGCCGAAAUCCAGAUUGGCAUUUUGCCUACGUCAGGAAGAGUUCCUCGCAGAGACGUCAUACUACUACUUCAGGCCAUGCUUCACGAGGUUAACAGCUACAUUCGCAGUUUCAAAUGUGCUUUGGAAAGUGCUCCCUUUCCUUCCUUCAGCAUUGUAACUGACGCCGACAAACGGCCUCAUGAUGAACAAGAACGCCGCUACAAUGCUCCUGCGUGCAACGAAGUGGUCGCUAUUAUGCAUGGGGAGCAAGACCGCACUCGUGAUAUUGUUCUCAAAUAA